UUUGCUGGGAUUUUAGGAGGAGAUGCUUUGUUGCCAGCACCUCAGAGUAUCUCCAUUCUUUCAACCAACAUGAAGCACUUCUUAACUUGGAGUCCUGUGAUCGUCCAGGGAGAAACUGUGAGAUACUCCGUUGAGUUUCAAGGGGAAUACGAGCGGGAAUAUGCCAACGGGAGCUGGAUCCCCAUCUCGGAAUGCUCCCUCACCACAGCCACCAUCUGCAACCUCACCGAGGACAUCUCAGCCUCCGUGGCCUACAAGCUGCGUGUCAGGGCAGAGCUCGGUGCCACCAGGUCACAGUGGGGCACCACCAAAGGCUUCUUCAACCGCGCCAUGACAUCCCUCACCCCACCCCAGCUGAGGGCCGUGGUGGACGGGCACCAUUUGUUGGUGGAGCUGGCAGACAUGGGGCCCUCCUUCCAGUUCCGGGUGCUCUACUGGAGGAAGGGCCAGGAGACCAGGGUGCAGCAGAAGGUGCUGAAGGAGGUGAGCUCCGUGGUUCACCUGGACACCAUGGAGGCAGGAGCUGAGUACUGCGUGAAGGCCCAGACUCACGUCCAGGCCAUCAACAGGAGCAGCAGCUUCAGCCCCACGCAGUGUGUGAGGGCUCAGGGUGACAAAUCCAUGUGGUUGGUUACUGCCCUCAUCUCCUCUGCUGGCUUUGCUGUGGCAGUUUUGACCCUGCCUCUCCUUGUCUGGAAAAUCAGUAAAAUCUUCCAAUACUCCUGCUGUCCUGCUGCUGUCCUGCCAGACACACUGAAGGAAUCAGAGCCCCCCACCCAGCUGAUCCUGCAGGGCAGGGAAGAAGCUGAGCACUGUGACCUGAUGGUGGUUGUGAUGCCCUCAGAAGAAGUUCUCCAGCUGUGGAUUCAAAAAGCACUUUAGAGCAGCCCAGAAAACCAACAGC